GUGAAACGCGAGAGAGGAAACAUGGCAGCCCGCGGGAGAACGAAGGGCGAUGUUUCGCGACAGUUUCAAGUAUUACAAGAGCCGGAAUCCUGCGCCCGACCUCGGCAACGUGAUCGACUUCGACGAUCCGGAUCGCGUCCGAGUUAGAUACGUCAAACCGAAGGUGUUAACUGGCGAGCAGCUUGGGAAUAAUUUUGGGCUGAAACCCGCGGAAAAGUGGAAGGUCUACGAAUUGCUGGAUAUCCCCGGACUUAUUUUUAUUCGGGACCCCUUCACGUCGAGCGGCCAGCGAUACUGGAUCACGAGAUGCCUGAAAGACUACUCCAAGGAGCCCUAUAAGCUGAACAUAGAUGCCCACAAUAUUCUGAAUAAUGAAUCGUGGUGGGACGUGUGUUUUCAAUCUUCCGAAAGAGCCCGGACACUCCUACCGAAGCUGAGAUGGGCGACGCUGGGAUACCACCACAAUUGGGACACCAAACUGUACUCCGAGAGCUCCAAGAGCGACAUGCCGACGGAUCUGUCGGGUUUGACGUCCGCCUUGGCGAAAGCAUUAGGCUUCACCGACUUCAAAGCGGAAGCGGCGAUCGUCAACUACUAUCGAAUGACCUCGACCCUCGCGGGUCACACGGACCACUCGGAGGUGAACGUCGCGGCGCCGCUGUUCUCCGUGAGCUUCGGACAAACGGCGAUCUUCCUCAUCGGCGGGCCGAGACAAGAGGAUCCGGCCGACGCGAUGUUCCUACGAAGCGGCGACGUCGUGAUAAUGUCCGGCGAUUCGCGUCUGCGGUAUCACGGUGUGCCGAAAAUUUUAGCAGCCUCCGAGCCAGUGCCGUGGGACCCAGCUCGCGACGACAGCUCGGACGGUCUCGCGUGCGACGAUUGGCGCAAAGCGCGCACUUACAUUGCCGAGGCUAGAAUCAACAUAAACGCGCGGCAGGUAUUGCAGCCUGGACAGAUUGUAUUAUAUUGACGUCAUCGCGUUGAACCUGCGCGAUGAGUCUCUCGGAAUCGAGAACUGAUCGAUUCUGCUUCCUGUAAAUCUCUUCACUUUGAGAAGUUAAACACUAGUUACACAUACUCGGAGAGACUUUGCUGUCUUGAUCGCUGUCCUUUAAGUGAAAAUUAAGAAAUUUAUGGAAAAUCCGACGCACAGACGAGAGAGAGAGAGAGAGAGAGAGAGAGAGAGACUUACCGCGAGAGAACAUACGCCUGACAAUAAAUCUAUUUUUUACAUA